AUGGCGGACAAAUCUUUUGCAACUCCAAGGCGCCCCAUGCUCGUGGUAGCCACAGACAAGCAAAGGCCACGCCCACGUCGAUUGGAUCGGGCGCGAGACGUCGCCCAUUUGCCUCCCGAGCUGUCUUCCAGCACACGCAGCACAGCCUUUUUGCUUCACAGCACGGAGCACUUCCGAAGCCCAAUAUGGCGUAGCCACGCAAAGCCGUGUAUUCCCUACCGCAGCACGCAGGGCACUCGCAUAUUGAGUAGCCCCUCUAUCGCCAUGUACUAG